AUGGCAGCAAGCCAUCGAGGAAGCAAUGUGCUUUGGCUGGACAGAUGGACAGGGACGAAAGCUGAACGAGGCUACUUAAUGGGCCGCCGCCUCCAGAGGAUUUUCUGGCUGAGCUUGCGAAGGUGCCUUCUGCUCAGUGCUCAGGCUGCGUGGGACGCUUUGAACAAGCAGAAUCGCUAUGCCAUAUACUUCCGCCUUACUGCCUUGAAAACUCCCGCUGGGAGGCGGAAGCGCAUUGCGGCUUUUGUCGAUAUUCUGGCGAGAGGCGAUAUGCCACUGCCGCAGAAGAAGGUGCCUCCAAGAGUUAUAUGCUCAGCGUAUUUUCGGCCAUUUGAUACGGUCUUGACUCGAUUUUGGAUGUUCUUGGUGCUGGUCGAGCGCGGUGCGGAGCGGAGCAGUCAGUAUGCACUGAGGCUCUGUAUGCUUGGGGGUCGAAAGAGGAAUCAUUAUUUAGAGCUCAAAUACCUACACUUCACCCUCCUCGUAUUGCCGCAGCUUGCUACACUCGGAAAUACUGCCAAAGGGGUACAGAAUAUUCCUACGUCCGAGGCCAUACAGGCUUUAUCCCUACAGACGACUCCCGCACCUGAGAUUCGCCGCUUUGACAGCUUGGUCAAACUAGCAUCGGUGUUCAAUCCCUAUAUGGCCCGGCCGGGGGGCAAGAAAGGCAAGCGCAGCCUGCGCAGGGCAAGAGAACCCCGGUAUUUAGUUCUAUCCCUGAAGAAUAUUGUCCUACUUUUUACGCUGGCAGAUUUCUCAGAUUCUGUAGAUAUAUUCUUGAUACCUUCAUUGGUCUCUAACCAAAAUAUCGAAAUCUUUUUCUGGAAGAUGCGAUCGGCUUUUGGUGUCACCACGGGGCGCCCACGGGGCCUGUCACUAGCUGCCGAAACCCCGGAUACUUACACCGGGUCCUUAGGAGCCCUGUGUUCCCUCGGACCCACGCUCUACGCUAGACCAACAGACACCUUGUACAACUUGGAUCGAACAGAGCAUCGCAUCGUGUCGGAGCACCACCGCAAGCAGCUGACGAUGGAAGAUUUCAAACGACGACCAGGAGCAUGUGUAUGUCCCUCCAUGGCCGUUGAGGACAACGAAUUUGUUCUGACAGCAUUCAGCUGCAAGGUGAGAACUGAUGCAUUUUCGAUUUUGCCCGGAACCCGCGUUGACCAGGUGCAUGUAAAGUUGACGCAGCAGAAAUGUACUUAUUUGCCGUCCAAGAAGCGUGGACGGCGACCUAAGUGCUUACAGCCAUCGAUAAUCGCCAGUACAGAUACUUCAGAUGAAUGGUGGAAGCUGCCUAUAACGCCUUCCAGUCCACCAGAUACAUCAACAUCGCGAUUAGCUACCUCGUCCGAUCUGUUUUCUGAGGUCACAGAGCGCUGGAUAUCUUUGGAAAGCAAUCCCGACGGUGGGGCUAUCGAUAUCGCCGGUCAGGACUGGUUCAAUUUUCUGGCAACACCAAAUCAGCUGCUAUCGGAGCCAGCCGAGGUGAAGAUCUCCCGACAGACACGCCAAUCAAAGCCCUACCCUUCCGUAUGUCGAGUGCAACUCUCGACCACCUGCCUCCUCUUACCAAGAUGUAUUGCGGAUAUAUCAGCCUUGAUUUGGGCACGUCAAUCGAAAGCGCUUUGGCAAGCUGGUCCUCCUUUGACGAUCACCGAUCAACGACUUUGCCAGGAAACCCCUUGGCCGUACGCAAGAUGCCCCAGAAAGCUUCUGAAGCUAUCGCUAACGGCUGCAUUCUAUAGCCUUUUGCACUCGGCCCUUCAGGUAAGAAACAUAGUCAUGGGAAAUAUCAAUAUCGCUCUCUCUAAACAUUUCAGCAGAGGUGCUCGUUGCAUGAAUCUAACCAAGUUACUGAAGAUGACCAAAGAGGUCUUUCAAGACCGCAACUGCCAUGCAGAGAAAAUAAUCACCGUUCACUCUGCCAUCGCUUCUGGCAUCAUACUAAAACAGACAAAUGACGAUGGUCAAGAGCGUCGUGCAACUGCUCUCGCUCACUAUCGCCACGCGCUCUCUUAUAUUGCCCAGCUGCAAUGUGACAAAAAGUCCAUGUCAGCUUUUAAGGUAAGUUUUUCGAGCACUCGUCUUCUCUGCCUUCGUACUGACCAUAUAGGCCAUUGUGCUCUUGGUAGGGCUCACCGCUGUGCUCGAUACUCUCGACUGCUUGUUGCUGCGAUUCACCUAUCGCCAUCAGAUGUCGACCAGCUGCUAGACAAUGCUAGCUCUCGCGCUCAGUCUCGGGAAUUCCACCUUUGCCCGAGCACAAGUAUCGGAACUAGCAACGAUACAGAUCAAGAAGAACUAAGAAAUUCAUUUUGGUUGUUGUACACUAUCGAAAAGCCAACUCGAAUGGAAAGGGAGACGGCUAUCGAGGUCCCAAAGAAUCUCAUUCGUCCAAGCGACGACACCGAUCGCGAAUUCCUGAUACAUGUUCGACUCGCUCAAUUAUGCUCAAGAAUGCUUGGGAAACUUUACAGCAAAGCUGCUUGCAAUCUUGCUCACGACGCGCUCGCUGAAGAAAUUCAGCUCGUGAUUGCUUCUGCGACCGAAUGGAUUGAAGAUGCUCGUGCCAUACAACCAAAUGACAAGAGCGUUCUAAGCUGCCGCACAACCUGGACCUGGUACCUGUUGCUACUUUACAUAUUCAAUCGCUCCCUGGCACUGCCGUCAGAUUCGGUAGCACGGCAGACAGUUGAGCUGAUGGUUAGCACCUACACUUCAGAGAUCCUGGAAACCGUGAGUGAAGAUACGUCGAACGGGAUUGGACCGCCGCGACAACUGCAUUCUGCAUUUCCGCCACGAUUCAAUUCCGACAGCUGGGCUUCGCGCUGGGAUUUUUUGCAAGAUUGGACCAGAACGAGAAAGUUUUGUGGACUUGUACAGCCUAAAGUCCAUCCGCGGGACCACAGAGCAGUAGCCUGUCAACCGCCAGUGCACAAUCUUUUGCAUUGCCAAGGUGGAGAACAGAAGUCUCAGACAACGCUUGCUCUAUGCCCUUGGGAAAGGUCUGAACUCCCAUCAUCGCCGAGAUUUAACAGGAAGCAACUGACUUGGCUUUCAGAGAAUAAUGGAACUUGA